AUUGCAAUGCUGUUCUUAAAGCUCUACAGCCCAUUUUUCAGGAGCAGGGAAUGACAGAAACAGUCCAUAACUGGGAAGACCAUGGUUAUUUAGCAACCUACAUCAAAAAAAAUGGCAGUUUUGCCAAUUUGAGAAUUCACCCUCAUGGAUUAGUGUUGGUGGAUCUGCAGAGCUACAGUGAUCAUGCAAAAGGAAGAGAGGAAGUUGAUCAGCUUCUAAACAAAGUAGAAGAGAGAAUGAAAGAACUGUUUCAUGGUAACAUAAAAAGGGUGAAACGGUUGCCAGCCAUUUUGAGGGGAGGUGUCAUCGAUAGAUACUGGCCCACAGCUGAUGGGCGCCUGGUGGAGUAUGACAUAGAUGAAGUUGUUUAUGAUGAAGAUUCACCCUUUCAAAAUAUUAAAAUCCUGCAUUCAAAACAGUUCGGGAAUAUUCUCAUCCUCAGUGGGGAUGUCAAUCUGGCAGAGAGUGACCUGGCAUAUACACAAGCCAUAAUGGGCAGCGGAAAGGAAGACUACACUGGGAAAGAAGUGCUAAUCCUAGGAGGUGGUGAUGGAGGUAUACUAUACGAGAUAGUCAAACUGAAGCCAAAGAUGGUUACUAUGGUAGAGAUUGACCAAAUGGUGAUCGACGGGUGUAAAAAAUACAUGCGUAAAACAUGCGGAGAUGUCUUAGACAAUCUGAAUGGAGAGUGCUAUCAGGUUCUGAUUGAAGACUGUAUUCCCGUAUUGAAGAGGUAUGCCAAAGAAGGAAGGAUGUUUGAUUAUGUAAUUAAUGAUCUGACUGCUGUUCCAAUCUCCACAUCUCCAGAAGAAGAUUCCACAUGGGAAUUUCUGCGGUUGAUUCUUGACCUCUCAAUGAAGGUCCUGAAACAAGAUGGAAAAUACUUCACACAGGGAAACUGUAUCAAUCUGACUGAUGCCUUGACUCUGUAUGAAGAACAGCUUAGCAGGCUUUAUUGUCCUGUGGAGUUUUCAAAAGAAACUGUGUGUGUUCCCUCGUACAUGGAAUUAUGGGUAUUCUACACUAUUUGGAAGAAACAAACGGACAUCUGAACAUCAAGCUUAUUUGAGAUUAUGCUAAAUGUACAUGCUGCAUGGAGCAUAUAGGCCUGCCACGUGCUGCAUAUUGUCAUCUUGAACCUUUAAAUUAUAUGCUGUAGAUGAUCCUGAAACUUAGUCAUGCUAUUGAUUGUGAAUUCUUUAAAUGUUUUUAUUAUUAUUUUAAUUUAAAAGCAAAUGGAAAAUGUAUAUUUUGAUGAGCUAGGGUGUUAUUUUUGAAAGUCAACUUAAAGAUGAAUAAGCAGCAAAACUAUGUAGCUGCUGAAUGCACUGAACCUUUAGAAUGUGAUCCUUUUUAUUUUUUCUUUUUGUAGAUCUUCACAAACUGAUAGAUUAAAAAAGACAUCUUUAGCAUUUCAUCCCUGAAGGGUGGUCCAUGGAGUUUGUUGGUUUUGGGUUAUUUUUGUUUUUCCACCAGAUUUUUAUCUAUGGUGCUUUUUUAGGAUGGAAGGAGUUUUUGAUUUUUUUAAAAAAUGAACAUUGCAGUGCUUCCAUGCAGAGAAGGGCAUAACUAACUAAAAAAAGAAAAA